CAACAAUAACAACAACGACAACAACAAUAACCUGGACAACAUCAACACUGCUAACAGCAACAGUAACAUCAACAACCAGAACACAGUGACCAUCCCGCCAGCCAUGAUGGGCCGCCGACGACGCCACCUCGAGACCGCCAUCUUGGAGGAGUAUAAAGAAAGCUUACGGCUAAAGCCAGAGGAAGAGGUGACAGCUCUCGUGGUGAUGGACUUUAUCAGGGCUUUGAGGACAGCCAUGUUGACCUCUGAUCCCAGCUGUGCCCUCAGGAACCUGUGUCAAGUCAACAAGUCUGCCGUGGCCAGAGGUCAUCUCGCUGACGUCCUCGCCGAUGUCUUCAGCAAAGCUCUCGUGGACCAGUAUCCCCGGGAGCUCCCUAUUCGACGACGGUUGCUGCUAAAUGCCGCUGCUGAAGGUAGGCGUGGCCAGGACUGUAGCUCCGCCCAUCCCUCCUGUUCCGACGCUGAAUGGAUGGUCCUCAGUCCCUUCUUGGACCUGGAAACGGAGGACCUCGUGUGGGAGGAGCCGCCGGUAACACUGGAGGAGGACCUCGGGCUGCCUAAUUUGAUGAGUAUUGUACAAGUGACUUCAUUCACCUCUGGGUUGGAUGUUUUGUUUGAAUGAAGGAUGGCGGAGACCAACUCUGCCCUCCCUCAGUGAUGGUGAUAUCAUUCUGCGGUGACUUAACUCGUCUGGUCUGGUAGAAGCAAGAAAUACAGAGUCAUAUAGUUAUGACGAAAAGCCGCAAGAAGAGAGAUUUCAGCCCGACUGACUCUUCCUUCAACGGUACAGGACCCCAGCAGCAGCAGCAGCAGCAGCAGCAGUAGUAGUAGUAGUAGCAGUAGUGUAGUCGUAGCAAGAAAACAUCCUGAAGCCAAGUGAGAGUGUCAGCCUUACCCGGCAAGAACCUGAGAAGACCUACGCCCGUCAACAACCUGCCGAUGGCUCUGUACUGUGACCCGAUAACCUAACUCUUUUGAAACAUCUCAGAGAAUAAUCUUACUAGUUCCUGUGACAGAUCAACACACUGUCAACAAUCUCAACAUGUUCCUGAAGCUUACUACUGAGAACGUGUCCACACCAUACACCCACAGUGUAGCUCAGGCGGUGACAUCCCGCAACGUCAGUGAUUACUCUCAGCACCCCGACCAUUUAUACUCCUUCAAUGACAUCUACAGGGUUUAUCCUCAGCCUUUCAGUCUUCUGGAGGAUAUAUCAAGAGAGAAUAAUAAGGGUGAAGAGGAAGAAGGAAGAAAACAGAUGCAGAAGAAGCACCUCCUCCUGACUCGGGUGGGUCGGUCCAGCAGUAAGUGUGGUUCACCUGGGUCAGGCGUCAACGUGCUGGCCGUCCUCAGCACCACCGUCCUCACUGUCCAGCUCAUCAUCAACAUUGUCGUCAACAGCAAUAACAACAACAAUAAUAAUAACAACAAUAACAACAACAAUAACGACAACAACCGUAACGAAAAUAUGAACAUGGUGAUGACGAUGAAUGAGAACAUGAACGACGUCGGAGGCAGACUUCUGGACAGGUUUGGAUCCCAGCGAAGUUUACCCUCAAGAGGAAAGAAAACGAAAACAGAAAACCAUCAAAAUACGAAUACUUGGAGGAAUAACUCAAACAGGUUUUCUUCUCAAAGAUCCCCGCUACAACCGGACUUCAAAACAGCCACUUCCAAAAGACCUCCCUCCAGCUACUGGCUUUCAAAAAGGUCUACCUACAAGCAUUGUUCGUGUAAGAAGGCUUAAGCAACACUCAACUCAAUUUAUCAAACUGUAUUUUUCACACUCGUGCAUAUUUAGUCACUUGGAGAAUAGUAUUGUUCAAGUUUUUUUUACUACAACCGUGUAAAAAUAAUUAAAUCUAUUCCAUAAUUUGAGUUUU